AUGGAUAUACAGUUUCAAAUGCUAUUCGAUCAUAUGAAGGUGGAAAUGCAAAAACAGACAAUUGAACUAAGAGAAUCUAUUACUAAAAAUAUAAUGGAUAGAAUAGAGGAAAAACUAACUCCGAUUAUUAAAGAAAUUGAAAAAUUUAGGCAACAAAUCAGCAAACUAAAAAAAGAGGUAGAAUAUCUAAAAAGAGAAAAGAAAAGCAACAAUAUCGUUAUUUUUGGACUUGAUGAGGAUGAAAAAUCAACUUCAGAACUGUUUCAAACCAUUCAAAAGGUUUUUAAAAGCGACUUAAACAUGAUUUUGGAAGAAAAUGAGGUAAAUAGAUUAUUCCGCUUAGGAAAAAAUAAAGUGGUAAAUAAACCGAGACCCGUAUUGUGUUCUUUAACAAACGGAUGGAAAAAGGAUGAAAUCAUGAAGAACAAAAAGAGCUUAAAGAAGGUUUAUGUACAAGAGGAUUACACAAAAGAAGUUUUAGAUAAGAGGAAGGCUUUACUACCAAAACUGCAAGAAGAAAAGAAAAAGGGAAACAAAGUUUACAUAAAAUACGACCAAUUAAUUGUUAAGGAAGCAAACAUCAACACUGAAAAAAGAAAAAGAGAACUAUCGACGUCACCCCAAUCGCAUACAAAAGUACAAAAUAAAAAGCAAGAAACUUUGAAUUUCAUCAAAACUAAUAGGAAAAAUGCCUUCGAUGUAAUGAGAUCCCGAUCAAACUCGUUAACUCUAACAUAG